AUGUCCUCUUUUUUUUUCUCCACACCCGUCGAUAUCGACAUCUUGCUAGAAGACGGCGAUGAGCGAGAAACGGUCGACAUCAAGCUCGAGAAGAACCGGCGGGAGAAGGCUCCGUUGUACCUUGAUGGGGAGUCAGUCAAGGGCGCCGUCACAGUCAGGCCAAAGGAUGGCAAACGGCUGGAGCAUACAGGCAUCAAGGUGCAGUUCAUUGGUAUGAUUGAAAUGUUCUACGAUCGUGGCAAUCACUACGAAUUCCUCUCCCUUGGCCAAGAACUGGCUGCUCCUGGCGAACUACAGCACCCGCAGACAUUCCCAUUCAACUUCAAAAAUGUCGAGAAGCAGUACGAGUCUUACAACGGAAUCAAUGUCAAGCUGCGGUAUUUUGUUAGAGUAACUGUCUCCCGUCGGAUUGCGGAUGUUGUGCGCGAGAAGGACAUCUGGGUAUAUUCGUACAGAUUGCCGCCAGAGUCCAACAAUCCAAUUAAAAUGGAUGUCGGAAUCGAGGACUGUCUGCAUAUUGAAUUCGAGUAUUCGAAGUCAAAGUAUCACUUGAGGGACGUGAUAGUGGGAAGAAUAUACUUUUUGCUCGUUCGGUUGAAAAUUAAGCACAUGGAGUUGUCUAUUAUACGACGCGAGACUACGGGAUCCCCGCCGAAUCAGUAUAACGAAAGCGAGACGCUGGUGAGAUUCGAGAUUAUGGAUGGCUCUCCAUCAAGAGGCGAAACCAUACCCAUCAGACUAUUUCUAGGUGGAUUUGAUCUAACUCCCACCUUCCGAGACGUGAACAAGAAAUACUCGACGAGGUAUUAUCUCAGUCUUGUGUUAAUCGACGAAGACGCCCGUCGAUAUUUUAAACAAUCGGAGAUUGUCCUCUUCCGUCAAUCUCCAGAAAUGGCGGCUGCCGCACAACUUGAAAACCAACCGCAUGAUGGGCAACAUGCAGUGCCCCCACCGGAACGCAAACAAGCCGUACGUCAUAGCGAGGAUGAGGAAGACGGCCUGCAAAGCUCGCACCAUGCAUCGCCCCCAUCCCAACUUGCACCUGAACCUACAUCUGCACCUGCAUCCACUAUGCCGACAUAG